AAACAUAACAAAUAUUAACGUAUUGUGUUUUUAUGAACUUCUCCCUUCAAAGGGAAGCAAUCACCAAAAAAACAGUACAAACGACAACAAUUCUCACACAAAAGCUACAAAAUGACAGAAAUAUUAUUACGACAGAGUGCCAUAGACAAAAGUAUUGGAGGUUCAGAAACAGUCUACCUUGAUGCAGUUGAGGCAGCUGCCAGCUUUAAUCUACGUUUGAAGAAUGACAGAAAGAUGCGGUUGCCGUUUUUGGACUCCCAGACUGGGGUAGCACAGAGUCACACUGAUCUAUGGCAUUCUUACAGACACCGCCAACCUGGGAAAUAUGUUGGCCAGAUUUACUCUUAUCCUGAACGCAGAUGGAAGAAGAAACGACACUAUUUUCUGUUUCCUGAAGAGCGCCAUAGCAAGCCACUGGACAUAGAAACUGGGGAAGCAGACUCUGUCAGCAGCACGCCCAUUAAACGUCGCCCUGUCGUCCCAGACAUGCACCAGAUCAGCACAGUGGAGAACCCCGCAGUGGCCAAGCCAGAUGAAGAGAUCCCAGAGUUGAAGAGUGAGACCAGCAAGGACCAGUGGUACGAUGAGUAUGAUGAGUACAUGGAGCCUCCUGAUGCCGGUGAGAUGUGCGACGACCAAUCGGAUAUAAGUGACUUCGAGGAUACGUACAUCAAGAAGAAGAAAAAGAAAGGAAAGGGUGGUGCAAGGGGCAGAAAGAAGAAAUCUGAAAAGGAAGAAAAAGAGAAACUGGAUGAGGAGAAGGAAAAGCCCUAUGCUUGUGAAGUGUGCAAUGCUCGAUACAAGACGCGCCCCGGCCUCUCUUACCACUACAACCACUUUCACAACGGAAUGAUGGAACCAGAGGAACCAGAGCCCUCUCCCAAGUCUGUCGUAAAAACUCCCCCCAAACUGGACCGUGAAGAACAAGGCAAGCCCUUGCCAAGUAUUAUUUUCCCAGAGCGCGGGGAGGACGGGAAGGUUCAGAACAGCAACUACUGUGACUUCUGUCUUGGUGACGCAGAUGAGAACAAGAAGACAGGCACACCCGAGGAGCUGGUGUCCUGCAGCGACUGUGGACGAUCAGGUCACCCUACUUGCCUGCAGUUCACAACCAACAUGACAAUCUCAGUGAAGAAGUACCCAUGGCAGUGUAUUGAGUGCAAGUCCUGUGGGUUGUGCGGGACCUCAGAGAAUGAUGAGCAGCUGUUGUUCUGUGACGACUGUGACCGCGGUUACCACAUGUACUGCCUCAACCCACCCCUCUCUGAAGCCCCUGAAGGUAACUGGAGUUGUCACUUGUGCAUUGAGGAGUUCCACGGUGGCAAGAAGCCCGCUGGCAUGGUGUAGAGGGCAUCUUUGUGUGGCAGGGGUCAUGUUGACAUUGCAACUUGAUAAUAUCAUUAAGACUAUACUGCUAGAAGCAACAAUUACAUAAGCAUAACUUGUACUGAGAUUACACAUGACUACAGUAUGAAGCACAGCUAGCAGUGGCUUUCAGGAUUCAAUUAAAAUAGACCACAGGUGUUAUUGCAUGUGGAUGCUUUUUAUGUGGAGUUCAGAGAUAUUGUUACACUCAUGGGUAAUUUUUAUGCCCCCUUUCAAAGAAAAUGGGGCAUAUAGUGAUCGGACUGUCUGUCCGUCUGUCUGUCUGUCUGUCUGUCUGUCUGUCUGUCUGUCUGUCUGUCUGUCUGUCUGUCUGUCUUUCCGUCACACUUUGCGUUUAGGUUUUGAAAAAUGCUCAUAACGUCUAUGUCCCUUGAGAUAUAACCUUCAUAUUUGGUAUGCAUGUGUAUAUGGACAAGGCCUUUCCAUACGCACGAAAAAUUUUUACCCCUGUGACCUUGACCUUGAACUUAGGGUCUGUGUUUAGGUUUCACAAUCUGCGUUUAGGUUUCGAAAAAAGCUCAUAACUUCUAUCAAGCGUUUAUAGAGGGCAUAAGUCAUCCUAUGGUGACAGCUCUUGUUGUAACAUCUUUAUAUUAAAUUGUUUAAUCAUUCCUUAAAAUAUAUCUUAAUAAAUGUGUGCUAAUAAAUGUAAAAAAAAUCACCUAGACACAGGUUUUGAUUUUGAUGUUUACUGUUUAUACUUGUAUAUGUGUAGCUUAUUUCAAAUUUUAGUCAAAUAUAAAACGUAAGUGUUGUUACAAUUGUCCUUGAUACACUUACAUGAAAGUCUCCCUUCCUGUGACUUGAGAACAAAAAGAUAUGUAUCAAAUUAACUUAAUAAAGGUUUACUUCCCACUGUUGUGCACUUGUACGCAAUUACCAUUUUUGAAAGAAAUAAUGAGAUAAGAUUCAUUUUCUUAGUAAAUUACCCAAGAGAUGUGCAGCGCUGUUUUAUUGUCUAUGUUAUGUUAGUGUAUGUUUAUAUUUUAGUCAUUCAAUCUUUUUUAUUCUCUAAACAAAUAUGCCCUGAAAUAUGUGAGCAUGUAAAUGUAGAUGGACUGUAAAUGUUCAAAUUUCAAAGUAUUAACAUAUUUUGGAUUUUGUGAACCUUUUAUUGUAUUAAGUGUUCGUAAUAAUAAUGAAUAAAUAUACUUGGUAAAAAAGGUGUGUUUUCGUUGAUUGCCACUGUUAGUCAGUUUUAUACACAUAGACAGAUGUAUAUGUGAAAGGGUAUUGUUCACAAUCACAGAUUGUUGUAUACUACAUGUAUUCAGUUUUACUUGAGAGAUUCAAAUAUAAGAACUUAUUAAAAUUUAAUAACAAGAAAACAUUUUCUUCCACAAAGAAUUACAUCUGAAUCCUCAGUAUCAAAAGUAUAAAACAUAGACCACAAAGCCAUUCCAGCCUGUACUUAUAUGGCUGCAGGUUUUAUUUCAUAUAAACAACCUAUAUUGUCAGCUACUUUAACAAAAACACAGAAACUAUUCCAUUGUUUGAUGUUACAAAUGCUAUAUAAUUUCUUCAUAUCAAUCUCCUUGUAUACAAAUGGAUUUGGAAUGGUUUUUAGUGUUGGUAGCGUUAUUUUCUUCUUUAUAAGUCAUAUUCUUCAUUCAUCACACCCUAGUACAUAGUGAAGGGGGUAUGCAGGAAUAGUCAAGAUCUCUACACAUCUCUGCCCAAAUACCAAAAUUCCUCUUGAUGCUUUUUCCUACAUCUUUUAAUCUGCAGCAGGCAUUGUUCCUUAUUAUAGUAAGUUUUGCAUGUGCGCUUUUCAUCCUGCUUUACAAAUGAUUAAAGUUAUAUCCUUUUUUGAAUGUUUGCUUUAAAAUUGUGUCUGGAGCAUAUAGCGAAGAGGUAUCCAAUUGGAACUUAAAAGUUAGAAACAUGUGUAUACUAUUGAGAUGUUCAGUACACAAGAACACAAAUUCUUGCUCCUAUAUUUUUAGAAAUAUUGCCUUUAGUUUAUUUUUGUACUUAAAUUUUAUCUGGAGCAUUUUGUCUUGAACUAAGAUGUAUCAACAAUAGAGAAAAUUCCUCUAAUGAGUUUUAAUACAAUGUACAUAAAUUUUGUUUGAAGCAUAUCAUUAAAAUAAUUAGAGGUAUCAACUAUCAUAUGUACUAUGUAGGUAGGUCACAAUUCAGGAAAGGGUAAAGCAUAAGAAUAAUAAUUCCUGCCUUUAUAGUUAUUGCCAUUGUGAAUGUUCAUUCUGAAAUUUUGUAAAGGGCAUAUCUUAACUAUAAUAAGAGAUAUCUUUAUAGUUAUUGCCAUUGUGAAUGUUCAUUCUGAAAUUUUGUAAAGGGCAUAUCUUAACUAUAAUAAGAGAUAUCAAGAUUGAACUUCCUAAUUAUCCCUUAUUCUCAUAGUAUCAGCCCUCCUCAUGGUAUCGUGACUGUAACAUACAAAAACUCAAGAAGUGCUGGAAAGUUAAUGUUUUUCCGAUUUUUAUUUGUUGCAAUUUAUUUGAUGGUUAUCCAUGACUAUUAAGACGAUCAUUCCCAUAAUUCCUGGUGUUCAUUGAAGAGUAGGUCAUGUUUAUUCCAGGGUGAUGCUAUGAAUUUUAAAUAACGUAACACACAAUUAUGCUAGUUUAGUUAUGGAUUAAUAGUAGCUUUAUCAAAUGUUUUAUAUGAUGCUUAUUUUUUAGUAAAAUGUAAAAAUGUUUUUCCAUUUUUUAAUGUUUUUUGAACAAGCAUAUGCACAUAGUAACAAACCUUAGCAACCAAUCAGAAGGGCCGAUAUAAGAACCUUUGUACAUGAUACAUCUUACUACAGGGAGCUAAGUCUAGGCAGUAUUUUGUCAAAACUAAGCCGAUUAAAAUGCCAAUAAUACA